GACGUGUUCUUCCAGCGCCACGUCGUGAGGAAGUGUCGGUGCCCUCGAGCGGUUGAAAGGUGCUGGCGGAGCUUGUCAAGGUUACCUGGUUGGUGUCUAAUUGUUCUGUGCUGCUUCUGCUGAGGCAAGAACUAUGUCAUGGAUCAAGGAAGGAGAGCUGUCGUUUUGGGAGCGGUUCUGUGCCAACAUCAUAAAGGCAGGCCCAAUGCCCAAACAUAUUGCAUUUAUAAUGGAUGGGAACCGUCGCUAUGCCAAGAAGUGCCAAGUGGAGAGGCAAGAGGGCCACUCACAGGGCUUCAACAAACUGGCUGAGACUCUGCGUUGGUGUUUGAACCUGGGCGUCCUAGAGGUGACGGUCUACGCAUUCAGCAUUGAGAACUUCAAACGCUCCAAGAGUGAGGUAGAUGGGCUAAUGGAUCUGGCCCGGCAGAAGUUCAGCCGCUUGAUGGAAGAAAAGGAGAAACUGCAGAAGCAUGGGGUAUGUAUCCGAGUCCUGGGUGAUCUGCAUUUGUUGCCCUUGGAUCUCCAGGAGCUGAUCGCACAGGCUGUGCAGGCCACCAAGAACUACAACAAGUGUUUCCUGAACGUCUGUUUUGCUUACACAUCCCGUCAUGAGAUCAGCAAUGCUGUGAGAGAGAUGGCCUGGGGAGUGGAGCAAGGCCUGCUGGAUCCCAGCGAUGUCUCUGAGUCUCUGCUGGAUAAGUGCCUCUACACCAACCACUCUCCUCAUCCUGACAUCUUGAUACGGACUUCUGGGGAAGUGAGGCUCAGCGACUUCCUCCUCUGGCAGACCUCCCACUCCUGCUUGGUGUUCCAGCCUGUUCUGUGGCCAGAAUAUACGUUUUGGAACCUCUGUGAGGCCAUCCUGCAGUUCCAGAUGAACCAUAGCAUGCUUCAGCAGAAGGCCCGAGACAUGUAUGCAGAGGAUCGGAAGAGGCAGCAGCUGGAGAGGGACCAGGCUGCAGUGACAGAACAGCUGCUGCAAGAGGGGCUCCAGGCCAGUGGGGACGCCCAGCUCCGACGGACACGCUUGCACAAACUCUCAGCCAGACGAGAAGAGCGGGUCCAAGGCUUCCUGCAGGCCUUGGAACUCAAGCGGGCUGACUGGCUGUCACGUCUGGGCACUGUAUCAGCCUGAGUGAGGCUGGCCUCCUGCCACUUUGCCCUGCCCUCUGCCUCCAGGGCCCCACUCCCCUUUCUUUUCUUGGUGAAAGGUACCUCCCUCCUGAUGAUGAAUUGUGUUUCCUUUGCUUGGCAGGGGAGCCCCAGAGGCCAGGUUUGCUGGCCAUAGAUAUCUUUGGGCUGCCUGGGACAGUGCCCCUGGCGAGGGUUGAGGGUGAGAGUCUCUCACAAGUACACUAAACUCAAACUCUGAUCCAGGUCAAACUCUGAUCACGAAUAGGUUCGGAGAGCAGAGGGCCCCAGCUCUUCCAUCUUUGCCACUUCUACCUGUACUCCUAGGUGCACUUUCUUUUUCCACCAGCACAUCCUUCAACACAAAGAAUUUCGGGGAAGCGGUCUUCCCCAAACCUUAGCCCUUUACCCGUCCAUCUUAGUCUUCACAAAUGACGUGGACCCACCUUGGAUCUGCUGGUAACUAGCUAAUAGGCAGCCAGCGUCAUUUAGGCAAGGAAGGGGAGGGAGAAGCAGAAAGAAAAUUUGCCCAUCUGCUGCUCCUCCCCCUUGGCUUUCCACCUAGGAUUUGCUAUUGAAUCUCUACCCCCUCCCACCACACAGUGCUGUCUGCUCACUGAAAGCAGCGCCCCCAGUGGUGCGCGGAAGCCAGGCGGGUGAUUACAAUCCAAUUACCUAUUGUCGACUCAGCCCACACAAGCUUUUCUCCUCCUCUUGCAGGGCAUGGGGCCAGGCUCCACUCCCCAGUGAGACCGGUCCCCUCCAUGGCUACAGGGUAACAGAAGACCUAUAGGCCCUGGUGAAUCUAAUACACAGGCCACCUCCCCUGGAUCACAUCAGGACCAAGAGCACAGAAACAAGCACUUCUCCCAGCUGACUGCCUCCUGCCCUCAGCAUCUCGGCCUCUGCUUCCCACCUCUACAGCCUUUGAGGCUUUUCUCAGCUUUUGACCUGGACCCCUAAGUAGACCGUGAGACAAUUCCCAACAUGGCAGAGUCUCAGCUUGUGAGGGCCAAGGUUGCCCAGCAGGGAGAAGAGGGCCGAGUCAAGGGCUGUGUCCUUUUCCUUACCUCUCCCUGCCAGGCCUUGCUGCAGAGCUGCUGAGAGGAUUAGUGCCUUUGAAGAGCUGUCUGAGCAGCUCUGUGCUUCAGGUGCCCCAGAGCAGCAAGCACCAGCGGGUAAUACCAACCAAAGGCUACUCUGUUUAGUCUUCCCGUUUUACUUUCCGCAAACUUUCCCAGCACCUCCCUCUAGGGGAGAGGUAGGAUCUUGCAAGCAGUGCUAAGAGCGUAUUCUUUAAAACCUCUAAGUUCCCUAUACUCCAGUCUGUCUCCUCCCCUUUCUGUGCCUGGAUACCUGGCACAAGAGACCCUUUGGCCAUCAUCCCUGCCCCCAGAAGCAAGCAUAAAUGCCCGGCACUGCGAUUGAGAAGCCAAUCUAUGCACCCUUUGGCAAGUCCCCCCCUCACACACCUGGCACUCCCCACUACCAGUCCCUGGCACAGAGAGCAGGUGCUGUACAUUUUCCAGCUUUACAGUGGGGCUGCUGACAGCCUUAAUUAGGGAGGCAUGAAUUAUGCGGCUAUAAUGCAGAGCCCUACAAUUAAGGCGGGAAUGAGGGGCUGGAGGCAGCAAACGGAAUCUGCCCCGUGAGCAUGAUUGUUGAGUCCUGUCUCCUUUCUGGGUCUGACUUUCCCUACUAUGAUUGGGGUGCAGCAGAGGUGAUUAAUGAGGCUGGUAUCUUUGGCCUGAGGUCCUGUAGUCUGGGAAAGGUACACAGUGGGGAGGGGUGAGGAGUGGCUGCCUCAGGAGGCAGUGUAAGGGGUGGAAAGGAGAAGAGGCGGAGGGAUCGCUGCUGCUCAGGAACAGGGGCUGCAAAUAGUUGAUAUGAACUCAGUGAUUGCUUUCUUACCAGUGUGAUUUGUACAAACCAGCUCAACCCUUGCCUCAAGAAAUUAGGUGAGACCUAUUUAAAUGUCCUCCCACCUGUGAGCCAACCCCACCAGUUAAGGAUAUUUAUCGUGUUGCGUUCUCUCGGGUGUCAAAUAGAAUUUUUAAAUUUCUUUCUUAGAUGUAAAACUUGUUU